UUUCCUGUGCUGGCACAUAAGUUUCCAUGACAGCAGAGGGAAACCGGCGCUAUAAAGGUGAGUUUCACUGUUUUUGCUGUAUUUUAAUGAAAAGUAUUCAGUGUGAGACUGUGUGCUCACUAGUGUUUUGUGACUUUUAAGUGUCUGAGGCUUUCUGUGUAACUGUGAGAUACUGUAGGAUGUUCCUGACUCACUGCAUGAUGGCUAGGAUUGUGUUGACAGUCCUCUGCCUGCCUGUGUGGAGCGCUGUGGAAGUAACCCAGCCCUAUAGAGUGGUGAGCACCAACGGUACAGCACAGGUCCCAUGCUUCAUCCAACCCCAACCCUCCUACCACCAGAUCCAACCCUACUAUGACCAAAGCCUGCUAUACCCCUACCCUGACCCCGAGGAGCUCCGUGUGACUCUGCUGAAAGGCCUCCACGGCUCCCAGCAACUCUGCUCGUCCAUCCUCAACUUCACAGAGCAGAGAGAGACGAGUGUGGAGAAAGAGGGAGAGGUGCAAUGCUCUGCUCAGAUGAGAGAGGGCGCUGUGGAGGUGACAGUGUCUGGACUGAAAGCCACAGACACAGAUAUGUAUCGCUGUCAGAUAGAGGUCUUCUACCCACCACCAUACCUGAGGCUCGUGGGCAACGGCACACUCAUUCAUGUCUUAGACAGCUCUGAUUGUCCUGUGCAGGGGGCUCAGAGACAGAUUGCAGACCAGCAUGUUGAAGAAGAGGGUGAUGAGAUGAUGGCACCAGUCAGUAUUCCUGUGGUUAUACUGGUGACACUGGUCAUGUUUGUCCUCAUCAUCAUUAUCUUCCUCCAGGCUCUCCAGUGUGAACGAGGGAGGAGGGAGAUUGUCAGAACGGUGCCUGGUGUGCUUCACAAGGUGGAUGCUGCUGCAUUUUCAUGUUAAAACAGUGCAUGAAAAACACAAAUGUAUCUCUCCCACCUCUGAAUAAUCACAUUGGGGCCAUCAUGUCCAAAGCAGCAUUGUAUCUGCCUAGAAGCAUUAGAAUACCAUUGCUUUUGAAAGGAGAGUCAUAGGAAUAUAGGGUCAGUUUAUUGGCCGUUUAUUAAAUAUCACCUCUGUUGUGACUGAGGUUCUUUUUUUACAACAGCUGUAGAAAAACACCAAAAUGACAUUUGUGUGUCUGUGCAUAUUUUACUUAUUAAGUAUAAAUAUAUUGUUUACAUUGUUGUAAACACAAGUUAUAUUAAAAAGCUGUCGCUUUGAUUGAGUUGAGUUGUUGAGGCACAUAUGGGAGCUCCCACCCUAACUGCAGCUAGGAAGGCUUGUAUGUCUACUUCUGUGUAUGAACUACUUGUUUGAUUAAAAAAUAAAUGAAGUUUAACUUGGCUAAAUGCUCCAGCUAAGAAAAUACAAUGCUUUGAAUCAUUAGGGUGCAUUACGGCUAUAGAAGGUGUUUGCCUAUGAGUGUACUGAAUAUUCACGUUGGAUAUUUCCUUAAAAUAAAGGUUCUUAACUUUAAA